AUGUCGUUAAAACAGAGUUUGAAAGGUGCCAAGGGCGCGAUAGAACGCAAUGAUCCGCAGGUGGCCCUAGAGUUUGUGGAGGAUGCACUUUACUAUGAAAAAAAUAACUACUUUGCAUAUAUAUUUCGUGGUAAAGCUUUCCAGCUUUUGGACACUCCAGAAAAGGCCAUCGAAGCAUUCAAAAAAGCCACCACUUUGGAGCCGGAGAACGUUUUGGGGUGGAAAGGAUACUUCCAAUCUGUGUGCUCGCGAGAUAACUACGAAGACUUUUUUCAAAUUUUCACAAAACUCGUUAAACUUCAACACGACCAGAGCUUAAAUUUUGCAGAUACCAUUAAAGAUGCUCACAACUACCUAAAUCGCCACAGAUACAAGCAGAAUGAACCGUUGUACGUGCUAUACUUGAAAAAUGUGCUUCCAGGAACGACAUUGGGAGAGUUGGCUCCGGGUUCCUUUGGUGAUGCCGAUUCCAAUUUCUGCAAACUUAUAGAUAUUUUGUCUCGAUCAGAGGCAGAAACCAUUGACCGCAUGAUACAGAAGGAGAAACUCAAGCUUCCACGUGUGUUGACCCAGGAAAACAGAUCGUACCUUGACUCAAUUGCAUGGUCUGUUUGUAAAGAUUCCGAAUUGGGACCCUUAUUCGACAAGUUUAUGAAUUAUUGUCGAGACGACGACUUAAGGCUGCGGUACGAGGAAUUGCGAUUGAAGCACAAGUAUAGCGUUCUAAGAGUUGCGCCUCAAAAGGAUGCUCUAUUUGCGGAAAUCAAACAGGCUAUAGACGAUAUGGUUCUUGUGAAAACCCAAAGUCUUUUUUGCUGGAAACUCUAUUUCGAUUGGUCGGAUGUGCCUGUUUUGGCCGAUUUGGACAAGGCAAACCUCUCAUACUUUCUCCAGCAUUUCCUGACUGAUGGUCUUGCUAAGGUGCUCUAUGCAUAUUUGAUGAGCGACAUAUCUCCAUGGGACGCCGAGAAGGAGUUUCCAGAACUUUAUAAUGUGAAGUCUAAAACGAACGAAGACGUUGAGGACGACCAGGAAACCGACCACGACACUUCUCCUCUGAAAUUACCUCCUUCGGAGAUUCUUUCUCUCAUGCUAAACGGGUAUGUCAACUGCUCAGAUUCUGUUCUCGCAAACCGUAUCAUUUGCAACUACUACAUUCACAUCCGUGAGUACCGAGAGGGCUCCAAACGUUGUCGGGAAGCUAUAAAGUUACUAGCAGACACCCAGCGGACCGUAGGUGCCCAAUUGGUUCAUACCAGAGAAGAUAUUCUCUGUUCGCUAGCCACCAUCUACACAUAUUACGAGGCACCCAAGAACUACAGCAGAGCCCUCCAGCUCUAUGACAAAAUCUUGGAGACCAGUCCACAGCAUGUCAAAUCGUUCAUUGGAAAAGGAUUGAUUUUGCUCGAGAAAGGAGAGCUUUCUGAAGCAUUGAGUCUUCUUGAAAAUGUGAAGAAUACUAAUCCCGAUAAUAUCGAUGCGUCGGUGGAAUACUACUGGUGCUUGAUCAAAUUAGGCCGCUUUCAAGAAGGAAGAGCGGGUUUGGAAGUUGCUAUCUCAAAAGUUAGUGGACAAGAUGUUCUUAGUGGUGAGACACGAGCUGUGAUUCAUUGGAGAAUAGCCAAGAGUUUGAUUGAUGAGCAGCCACAGGAUGGCUCUCGCAUUGAAAGUGCACAUCAGCAUCUCUUGACUUCUCUCAAAGACGCCAAAAGCUAUGCUCCCACUUAUACUCUUCUUGGAUACUUGUAUGAGGAGCAUUUUGAUGAUCAUGUUCGAGCCCAGAAAUGUUUCUACAAGGCUUUCGAACUUGAUGUAGCCGAGAUUACAUCUGCUAAAUAUUUGGUUACAGAUCUCACCGACAAAAACCAGUGGAGUCUUGCCGAGAUCUUGUGCAAACGGAUAAUCGACACAGAGCGGUCGAGGAGAAUGCUUCUUAGUAACUCAUACGAAGACCCAGAUAAAUCCUGGCCAUACAGAGUAUUAGGAUGUUCAGCCUUGAAUGACCAGGAAGAUGCAAAUGCCAUUGAAUGGUUCCAAACUGCUCUUAGAAUGACAGCCAUGGAUAUCGAGUGUUGGAUAGGUUUGGGAGAAGCGUACUACAAUUGUGGACGAUUUGACGCUGCUGCCAAAGUAUUUCGUCGUGCUCUAGAAAUGGACGAAUCUAGAUGGGUGGUCCAUUAUAUGCUAGGGUUGGUGAUCUGUGGAAUGGGUGAGUUUGUCGAAGGAUUGGAAAGGUUGAAUCGAGCAGAAGAGCUCAGCGAAAACGAAGAAUGCGUCCUCAAUGCUAUCUAUGAAUUUGAGAUAGAAUAUGCUCAAAAGUUAAUCGGCGGAGGGUUUUUUGGACAGUCGAUCGAGGCUACCCUUAGAGGAUUGAAAACCAUCAAGAAGGCAGUUGCACUCAACCCCAAAUCGUCUAAAUUAUGGAAAGCUAUGGGCGAUGCAUUUCGUUCUUUUUUGGUGGUUCAAGAACGAACAGACCAGUUUCCAUUCGAUAAAGUGUAUCUGAUUUUUGAGGAGCACAAAGCUCUAAUUUGCGGGACGCCAGAAACUCAUAAUUGUGGUGAGUACUUGAGCCUGGCAAUGACUCUGUAUGAAGAUAACGAGAUCGUUUCUGCUAUAUCCUAUCUUCUCAUUGCUUCUGCUUGUGGAGGACUUGCUAUUCUUCCCAAAAGCUCCGCUAGAGCGUUGCGUUCUGUCGCUUAUUUCAAUCUUGGAGUAGCUUUUUUGGAGGCUAAUACUUUCAUUUCCAAUAACGAGUGCUUGAAGAAUGCCACUCAGGUUCUCAAAAAAGCAGUCAAGCUCGAAUCGCAUAAUGCAACCUACUGGGUUGCACUAGGAAAUGCUUAUUCAGACUCCAAUCCUCAGCUAGCUCAGCAUUGUUACAUCAAGGCUUCAUCACUUGAUAAUCGAGAUGCGGAAGUAUGGAUCAAUUUGGCUGCGCUUUACUUGCGCCAUGGAGACGCUGAGUUAGCACAAACGGCAUUUGUCCGUGCUCAGUCCAUGUCUCCACAACAAUCCAAAUCGUGGUUGGGAAAUGCCUUGAGUGCUCAAAUUUUGAACGAUAAUAUGAAAGCGUCGUCGUUGUUCACACAUGCCUACGUUGUCGCAAACGGAAGAAUACCCUUGGCUCAACUCAUGUAUGGCUUGUCAGUGGUACAAAAGAGAGUCGUUGUAACUGGAAAUAGUCCCCAGGAUAUUGAGGCAGCUCAAGAGAUGAGUGUGGCUAAUUUUGCAAUGAUGAAGUAUCUCAAAUUUUUGCCAAAUGAUAUUUUGGGUCUUGAACUAGCAUUGCUCAUCAGUGAGCGGUGUCAGAACUUUGACUUUGGAGUUGAGGUUGGAACCAAGCUAUGCCAGAUUUACGAAAAGCUCUAUGAAAGGAACGAGGAUGAGACCAGUCUUGUUAAAUAUGCCGAUACCACUGCGCACGUUGCUCGUUUGUAUCUUGGCAAAGAAGACUACGAGCAAGCACUUGAACUGGCCAGAUUGGCUCUCGAACUUGGUGGUGCCGCUUCCACGAUGAGCCCGGCCACAGAGCUUUCGUGCCAUGUUGUAAUUGGCCUUUGCUACUUUUUCCAAGACAAAUUUUCCGAAGCGAUAAAUGAGCUUAAAAUUGUUCUUGACAAUAACGGAGAGUCCAUGAGAAUCACAACUUUGACAGCACAAGUUUUAUACGCCUAUGGAUCCGAGGAAACCAAGCAAGCAGCUCUCGACCAGCUAUUCGCAUACAUUGAACACCAGGGCUCGUCGUUGCUAGUAGUUCUUACACUCGGAGCUUUGGCAAUUUCGGAGAAUUAUGCCGAAUAUCUCGAACCCAUUAAAGAGGAGCUUGAAGCCCUCCCGCUUGAGGAAGUGGUGGCAGACUCGUUCCGGUCGAUCCCACGGCUCCUCUCUGCCAUCAAUACUCGUCUAGGCUCCACCUCGGCGCAAAUGGUGUGGAGGAAGGCUGCUAUGCUUUUUCCACACGAUUUCCAUGUGUGGAUGCGACUCAAUAGUUCAAUGGCUCUCGCUAUAGCUGGCUUGCGAGAAACCAAGAUAACUGCUCAUGAGCUCGCCAAUGCCCACAAAAGCAUGAACACCUUGCGGCACAUGCAAAGAGCCAUUAUACUAGACCCAUCCAAGUUGGCCCUACUCCAGGUUUAA